AUGUCUGAAGUAAAUGUAACAAAAGUUAUAGUAAAUAAUCCUAUAUGUGACAUUUUAGACCCUUUUGUUUUUACUAUUGAAUUUGAAGCAUUAAACAAAUUAGAAGCAGAUCUUGAAUGGAAAAUUUUUUAUAUUUCAGCUGUGAAUAAUGAAGGAGAAAGUAAUCAAGAUAUUGAACUAGAUAAUAUUUUUUUAGGGCCUAUUGAAAGAGGAGUGAUGAUGUUUGACUAUGCAGUUAACCCACCAGAUUAUAAAAAUAUGGAUAUUGAUAGUGUUUUAGGGUUGCAAGCCAUAUUAAUAUCAGCAAAUUAUAAAGAAAAAGAAUUUAUAAGAAUUGCAUAUUAUAUGAAUGCUUUUUAUAAAGAUAUUGAAUUAAGAGAAAAGCCUCCUUUAAUACCUCAAUAUGAUAAAAUAUGCAGACAUAUAUUUGUUGAAAAUCCACGUAUAGUAAAAUUUAACAUUGGUUGGGAUUCCGGAGAAAAAGAUGAAUUUAAAGAAUUUGAUAAAGAAAAUGAAAAAAUUGAAUUUUUUAAAUGCACUAAAGUUAAAGAUGAAAAUGAAUGUAGCUCAAAUAUAACUAAUCAAUCUACCCAAGAAAAUUUUAAUAUUUCUAAUAAUAAUAAUGGUAAUUCCUAUAUAUCAUCAAAUUUUAAUAUCAAUAGUCAUAAUGUAAAUAAUUAUAAUCAAAAUAAUUUUUUAAAAAAUAAUGAACAAUCAAACGAUUUAGAUAAGUGUGAAAUUUUUAAUGCAAAUUUAAAUGGAAUUAGUAGAAUAACUAUAGACAACAAAAACAACUAA